AUGGAACUCGCUAUGUUAAGUGGAGAUCUACAGCAUCUAUCUGAAAGACUAAACUCAUAUACUACAACAAUAAUUCUGUAUUCACAGAAAGAAUCACGCACCGAUGUACAGUUUCACCUGGCGGCGCUCCGGGGCGACUGCGAGAGGCUGAAGCAGCUGCUCGAUACCGGGAAGGUGCAUAUCGACUCCAGAGAUCGGGAUGGCACCACGCCGCUGAUCCUGUCAGCCGCGAUGGGGCACACGGAGUGUGUCCGCGAGCUAUUGGCUCAGGGCGCGGACCCUGCUUGCUGUAGGACGACAGGAACCACCGCGUUGUUCUUCGCAGCUCAGGGCGGUUUCCUCGACAUCGCGUGCUUGUUGCUAGAUGCGGGAGCGGCCAUCGACGCCCCCAGCACGGACGGCGGCACUCCUUUAUUUGUGGCGUGUCAGUGCGGUCACCAAGCCGUGGUCGAGGAACUUAUACGAAGAGGGGCCAAUGUUAACUCCUGUAUGAAGGACGGUGCGACGCCACUAUUCAUAGCAGCACAGAACGGGCACGAGGACGCGUGUCUCGCGCUCCUUGCGGCGGGCGCCAGAGUGGACUCACUGCGCAGCGACCGCGCCUCGCCGCUGUGGAUCGCGGCGCAGUGCGGCCACCAGCGGGUGGCGCGCGCGCUGCUGGCGCACGGCGCGCACGUGGACCAGCUGCGGCAGGACGGCGCAACGCCUUUGUUUAAAGCUGCACACAAAGGACACUCGGCUGUCGUAGCAGAACUACUACGAUAUUCUCCUGAACUAGGAUUACUUCCGAAUGGCCAGUCGGCGCUGCACGGUGCGGCGAUGUUCGGGCAGAUGGCGUGCGUGCGGCAGCUGGCGCGGGCCGCGCGCGGGGCCACGCGCCUGCGCAACGCGGCCGGACUCACGCCGCUGCAGGCCGCGCUCGCCGCCGGCAAGCGGGACGUGGCCGCCUACCUGCGCUCUGUGGACACGUGACUCACACGCACACACACACACACUACAAGCCGGACUCACGCCGCUGCAGGCCGCGCUCGCCGCCGGCAAGCGGGACGUGGCCGCCUACCUGCGCUCUGUGGACACGUGACUCACACGCACACACACACACACUACAAGCCGGACUCACGCCGCUGCAGGCCGCGCUCGCCGCCGGCAAGCGGGACGUGGCCGCCUACCUGCGCUCUGUGGACACGUGACUCACACGCACACACACACACACUACAAGCCGGACUCACGCCGCUGCAGGCCGCGCUCGCCGCCGGCAAGCGGGACGUGGCCGCCUACCUGCGCUCUGUGGACACGUGACUCACACACACACAUACACACACACACACUGCAAGCCGGACUCACGCCGCUGCAGGCCGCGCUCGCCGCCGGCAAGCGGGACGUGGCCGCCUACCUGCGCUCUGUGGACACGUGACUCACACACACACAUACACACACACACACUGCAAGCCGGACUCACGCCGCUGCAGGCCGCGCUCGCCGCCGGCAAGCGGGACGUGGCCGCCUACCUGCGCUCUGUGGACACGUGACUCGCACACACACACACUACAAGCCGGACUCACGCCGCUGCAGGCCGCGCUCGCCGCCGGCAAGCGGGACGUGGCCGCCUACCUGCGCUCUGUGGACACGUGACUCGCACACACACACACUACAAGCCGGACUCACGCCGCUGCAGGCCGCGCUCGCCGCCGGCAAGCGGGACGUGGCCGCCUACCUGCGCUCUGUGGACACGUGACUCGCACACACACACACUACAAGCCGGACUCACGCCGCUGCAGGCCGCGCUCGCCGCCGGCAAGCGGGACGUGGCCGCCUACCUGCGCUCUGUGGACACGUGACUCGCACACACACACACUACAAGCCGGACUCACGCCGCUGCAGGCCGCGCUCGCCGCCGGCAAGCGGGACGUGGCCGCCUACCUGCGCUCUGUGGACACGUGACUCGCACACACACACACUACAAGCCGGACUCACGCCGCUGCAGGCCGCGCUCGCCGCCGGCAAGCGGGACGUGGCCGCCUACCUGCGCUCUGUGGACACGUGACUCGCACACACACACACUACAAGCCGGACUCACGCCGCUGCAGGCCGCGCUCGCCGCCGGCAAGCGGGACGUGGCCGCCUACCUGCGCUCUGUGGACACGUGACUCGCACACACACACACUACAAGCCGGACUCACGCCGCUGCAGGCCGCGCUCGCCGCCGGCAAGCGGGACGUGGCCGCCUACCUGCGCUCUGUGGACACGUGACUCACACACACACACACACACACUGCACGCGGGACGUGGCCGCCUACCUGCGCUCUGUGGACACGUGACUCACACACACACACACACACACUGCACGCGGGACGUGGCCGCCUACCUGCGCUCUGUGGACACGUGACUCACACACACACACACACACACUGCACGCGGGACGUGGCCGCCUACCUGCGCUCUGUGGACACGUGACUCACACUCACACACACACACACACUGCACGCGGGACGUGGCCGCCUACCUGCGCUCUGUGGACACGUGACUCACACUCACACACACACACACUGCACGCGGGACGUGGCCGCCUACCUGCGCUCUGUGGACACGUGACUCACACACACACACACUGCACGCGGGACGUGGCCGCCUACCUGCGCUCUGUGGACACGUGACUCACACAC